AACCAACGGUUGUUCGUGCCGAAUCUUGCGCAGUCGACAAUAGCGAGUCCUCUCGACACUCUCACUUCUCCGAAACCACACUUCCAAAUCACAGCAAGCUUGUCUGGGUUUCUCGGACCUGAGAUUAAGCUAGACAGUGGUCGGGGAAGAAGUUGCGCAGUCCCAGGCUCUCAUGAUGAAUACGCAUUUCACAUGACGUCGAUCAAGUGAAGCAAACCAUGGACGAAACAGACCCGCUGAGUCCUUCGGGGCUAGAGAACGGUCACUCGAGAUCAGGCAGCCGCGUGUUGUAUCGCAUGAACUCAAACCAAAGCAACACGAGUAUAUUCGAGAACGUAGAAAUGGCACAUGAUGAGCUCUACUCAGGUCCUAUUGCGGAAAGUCUUCCAACAAGUGUGUCCGCAUUCUCCCAUCGACGACCCCGAGCGGACUCGACAGCGAGCUUCACAUAUUAUCAAGAUGAUUCGGAAGAGCCGCAAAACGAACUCACCUACGAAAACGACGGCUAUGAGGAUGCGAUCUCUGACGACAUUGGCGACUUGGUAUUCGGUGUUGAUGAUGAUGAUAAUUCAUCCGACAUCGAGAGCGGAAGGCAGAGUGGGCACUUCGCACUUCGAAGAAGAUCUUCAACACAAUCACGUUCGUCCGUUCAUGAUCGACUUCUUCGCACCGACAGCGCUCGAACUACCGAAAGUCAAUAUACCCGUGGACGACAAAGUCAGAAAGUGUACAUGGUCAAUGAAGAUCUGACCAUUGUAGUCGCUGGCUUCCGCACUAGUCCUAUCGGACUAGCAGCUUACAUUCUCCUGAGCGUUUUUUCGCUGGGUCUCGCAUGGCUGCUUCUCCGCUGGUUGCCACGAUGGCAUGUCAAGCUCCUUGGCUGCCCAAGUGCUUUGAGCGAAUGUGAUUGGGUUGUCAUUGAGAACCAAUGGGGAGAACUUUCUAUCAUGAAUGUUGAGAAGAAGCUGUAUGGUCGGCCGAUGUCGACUAUCUUUGGUUCCUCGGAAAAGACUCCCCUAUUAGACGAAGAGCAUGAUCCAAUUGUUACUGAGCUGCGCAUGCUCAAUUACCGAUACGUCCGUCUCUACUUUAACCAGCAGGCGGAUUGUUUUAUUCUUUUCAGCGGUUGGAAGGACCCUAACUGGGCUGAUAUGAAAAGCGUCCGCUUGGGACUGGACAGUGACGAAAAGCAUGUCCGCGAGGUUGUGUUCGGUAACAACGACAUCGACAUAGAACAAAAAUCAAUCCCGCGGCUAUUAGUCGACGAAGUAUGGCCCAUCUCCCAGUGA